GAUGAGGACUGCAUCCGAGGGAACAGGCUGCCCUGUGGCAUGACUUGCCAAAAUGGAACUCCCUUGCACGUAAUCAGCAUCAAACCCUCCACCAUGUGGUUUGGGGAGAGGAUGAAGACGACCAGUGUGAUAGUGAGGACCGGGGAGAGUACGUACAGAGCUUGUUUCUCUUUCCACUCUUCAUAUAGUGAGAUCAAGGAUUUCCUGAGCUAUGUCCGUCCUGUGAAUGUCUAUCCCAACGUGCUGCCAGUGGGUGGGACAGAGGACAAGGUCAUGGAAAUAUUGAAGCCACUGUGCAGGUCCUACAGCAGAAAUGUGGCACCCAGAUACAAGCCCUUAGGGACACUGAAGAGAGCUCACAAGAGAGAACUGUCUGAUACAGAUGAAGAGGAUCUCUUUGAUUCAGGACCUGCUGCUGCCAAGCCCAAGAUUGCCAAGCAGCAGAGAGGAGAGAGCAGGACCUGCAGUACAGCACAGCCUCAAAGUGCUGAUGGAAACAUCAGUGAGAGCACAGAAAGCCACAAAGCCCCCACAACCUACACCUCCCUCAAGUUGGACUUUGUGGACUGUGAGGAAUCCAAUGAUGAUGGUGAUGAUGAUGAAGAGGAACCUGAACAAAAUACAGUUCAAGUUGUUUCCCCUGAGCCAGAUGCCACUUCCAACAGAGUGACUGGUGACCAACAGGAAUCUCAUGCUGAUGUUCCUCGCUGGGAUGAGUUUUUUAUGUGUAAUAAACUAGAGGAAAGCUCUGAAAAUGAGGACAACAUCCCAUCUUCAGCAGAUGCUGGUGGGUCCCAGUCACUCUUCAGCGAUUCAGAUGGAGUGAGUGACUCGACACACAUCUCCUCCCAAAACUCUUCCCAGUCCACACACAUCUCUGAGCAGGGGAGCCAGAGCUGGGACAGCCAAAUGGACACGGUGCUCAUCACCUCCCAGGAGAGAAGUGCCCAGGAGCUGGGCUGCCCCAGAGGAGGUGUGAGCAGAGCAGAUGCUGUGCCACAGGACAGUGCCAGGGACAGCCAGCUGGGCAGCUGCAGGACACCAGGGGACCUGCAGAGCAGAGGCUGGGAGAGAGCUGCAGGAGCUGGCACUACCCAUGCUCAGGAUGUGCCGGUGGAUGUGAGUGACAGCUCCAGGACUCCUGACCUGGAGCUGAGGAAGGACUCCCAGAGCUCCUCCGACUUCGAAAUCCCCGCGACUCCUGAUGCUGAAGUGCCUCAGCCAGAUAAACUGCUCCAUCUCUACAAGAAGCUUGCAGCAGGUGAGGACAUAGUGAGGGAGAAAAAAGCCUCCUGA